UCUUCAUACUAACAAGAAUUAUAUUUCCAUAUUUCUCCCUUUCUUUCGUGUCACACAUUAUAUUUUCAGAGAUUAGCAUAGUUAGCUAAGAGAGCAAAAAAAGAAAUGGCUCAAGCUAUGGCUUCAAUGGCAGGCUUACGUGGCUCUUCACAAGCUGUUUUGGAAGGUAGCCUCCAGAUCAACGGCACAAACCGCCUUAGUGGGCCCACUAACAGCCGUGUUGCAGUUCCCAAGUUGGGCCUUAGUGUCCGAGCCCAACAAGUGUCAGUUGAGACUACUGAGACCAGCCGACGAGCUGUUUUGGGCCUUGUUGCUGCUGGGCUGGCUUCUGGUUCUUUUGUUAAGGCUGUCCUUGCUGAGGCCAAGUCCAUCCCCGUUGGCCCACCUCCCCCACCGUCUGGUGGUCUUCCUGGGACAUUGAACUCGGACCAAGCAAGAGACUUUAACUUGCCCUACAACAAGGACAGGUUUUACCUUCAACCCCUGUCUCCAACUGAGGCAGCCCAAAGAGCUAAGGUAUCAGCCAAAGAAAUCAUCAACGUCAAGCAAUUGAUCGACAAGAAGGCAUGGCCAUAUGUCCAAAAUGACCUACGUCUGAGAGCCGAGUACCUUCGCUAUGACCUCAAAACUGUCAUCUCUGCUAAGCCCAAAGACGAGAAGAAAUCUCUCCAAGACCUCACUGGCAAGCUCUUCGACAGUAUCAACAAUUUGGACCAUGCUGCAAAGAUAAAGAGCAGUCCAGAAGCAGAGAAAUACUACGGUCAGACCGUAUCCAACCUCAAUGAUGUUCUUGCCAAGCUCGGUUAAAUGUAUAUUGCUUCUAGUCACCUCGUGUAAGAAUUCCACGCUCUAUAUUACCAAGAACAACCAUUUUGUAUGAAUGGAAACCCUUUUAAUUCAUUUGUAGUUUCUAAUA